CGUUCAUCAAUGUACCUCUUACUAAUGUAUUACUUUUCUUAUUUUUAAUGAAUCAUGAAGUCACUAGUAAUAUUGUUAUUUCUAAUUAGUUUUCUGUUAAAUUUACAUAAAAUAAAUUGUUUACUUAAGCUCAGUUUAGAAUCAUCAAAUGAAAAUGUGAAGUGGACGCUCGAAAACAGAAACAAGUCAAUAAAUAUACCAGGAUCAGUGCCGGGGGGAGUUUAUACCGAUCUUCAAAAUGCGGGUAUCAUUGGUGACAUUCUAUCGGGUUACAAUGACGUCCUUACUCGCUGGGUAGCUUAUGAUACAUGGACAUAUACGAGCAAAUUUAAUGUUAGCGCAAAUAAUUUAAACUCUGCUGUGGCCAAGUUGGUUUUAGAAGGUGUCGAUACAGUAGCGUAUAUAGAAUUAAAUGGUAUACCGAUUGGUUUAACGAAGAAUAUGUUUGUUAGAUACGUGUUUGAUGUCAAAACAUAUUUAAAGGAAGGUGAAAACAAACUAACGUUUAAUUUUGAGUCACCAAUCGAUUAUGCCAAAAAUCGCUCAAGACAACAUUUCGCAGCUCCCGAGUGUGUCCCAGACGUGUACAAUGGAGAAUGUCACGUAAAUCAGAUAAGAAAGAUGCAAGCCUCAUUUAGUUGGGAUUGGGGGCCGGCAUUUCCAUCUGUUGGAAUCUGGAGAAAUGUUCGAUUAGAAUUUUUCAACGGUGCCGUGAUACGAUCAAUUACUACUCAUACUGAGAAGAAGGAUACGAUAUGGUUUUUGACAGUAAAAGUUUACUUAGAUACGAGCAACAAUAUUCGAAAUAUUUCUGGUUAUUUGUCCGUUUAUUUAUCUGUUGAAGGUCAUUCAACGAUAAAGAUUGGCAAAAACGUAGAUACUCAGACAAAUAGUGAUGGAACAUUUGACGUCGAACUUGAAAUGAACAUAAGUGAAAAUAUGAUUCGUGAAUGGUGGCCGAAUGGGUACGGCAGCCAGUAUCUGUAUAAUCUUCUUGUAUUCUUUACCACACAUGGGGAUCGGAGUGACCGAGAAAUUUCUCAUAAGCAUGUGAAAAUUGGAUUCCGUACUAUAGAAAUUGUAGAACAAAAAGCUUCUUUAAUAUUGGGAAACGACACUCUUGCUGGUCAAGGUCUAACAUUUUACUUCAAAGUCAACGGACAUCCGCUCUUCAUGAAAGGAUCUAAUUGGAUACCCUCAAACGUUCUUCCGGAAAUCAAUGAAAAUGAUAAAAUCAGAAUUGACAAUCUUUUGACUGCGGCUCGCGAUACACACAUGGCGAUGCUUCGUGUCUGGGGUGGGGGAGUUUAUGAGUCUGAUUACUUUUAUCGGCGUUGCGAUGAACUAGGAAUUUUAAUAUGGCAAGACUUUAUGUUUGCGUGUGCAAUGUAUCCUGUGGAUCCAGAAUUCUUAGACAACGUGAGAGCAGAAAUACAACAUAAUGUGCUCCGACUUCAGCACCAUCCUUCUAUAGCAGUUUGGGCAGGCAAUAAUGAAAAUGAGGUUGCUUUGCGUGGAAAUUGGUACAGUACUCAAGCACAGUUUGAUAAGUACAAAGCAGAGUACAUAAGACUCUAUGUAGAUAACAUUAAACCUAUCGUAGAAAGCAUCGACCCAACAAGACGAUAUCUUAUUUCGAGUCCGUCAAAUGGUCGAAAGUCUGAAGAAGAUGGAUACAUCGCAAAAAACCCUUACGAUCCACAUUUUGGGGAUACUCAUUAUUACAAUUACUUAGCAGACAACUGGAACUUAAAUAUCUAUCCCCAAACGAGGUUUGCAUCAGAAUACGGAUUCCAGUCUUUGCCAUCUCUUAAAACAAUGAAAACGGCAACGAAUAAAACGAGUGAUUACAGAAUCGAUAGUGAUUAUUUCAAACACAGGCAGCAUAGUCCAAAUGGUUACAGUUUUAUCGAGUCACAAAUUAAUCGACAUUUAAAACUUAAUAAAGAUGACCCAAAAUAUUUCGAAAAAUUUGUCUAUUACAGCCAGAUAUCACAAGCAAUGUCAAUAAAAGCCGAAACAGAGUUUUAUAGGCAAAGCCAAGCUGAUUGGUACACGAUGGGUGCCUUGUAUUGGCAAUUAAACGAUGUAUGGCAAGCUCCAUCUUGGUCUGGGAUUGAAUACGGCGGAAAGUGGAAAAUGCUGCACUAUUUUGCAAAGUCAUUUUUUGCACCAGUUUUGGUAUCUCCGCGUUUGACCUUGACAGAAAAUGUUGACGUUUAUUUGAUCAACGACAGAAUCGUGGCAAUAAUUAACGCAAAUAUUACUGUUGAAAUGUUUAAGUGGAAUAGUUUCACUCCAAUCAAGUCGCAAUCUUACUUGGCUAAUGCCAAGCCAUUGAGUAGCGAGAAACAAUUUACUAUAGAUUUAUGGGACGCAGAUAAAAAAGAUGAAAUAUUCUUAAGGUUUGCCCUUCAAGCAGACGGAGUUAUAUCAUCACCACAAAACUAUAUAUUCCCUGUACCUUUGAAAAAUGCAAAAGGUUUGAGGACGCCCAAUAUAAAGCUUGAUGUUUCUGAAACGACGGCAGUUUGUGGGAAUGGAACGUCAUUCACGGUAAACUUAAAUGUGGAUACAAUAGUUCCUUUUUUGUGGCUCGAAGCUAAUUCUAUUGAUGGACACUUCCACGACAAUGGUUUCAUAAUAACUGAGCCAAAAACGAAAGUUCAUUUUUGUACGAAAGAGAAAAUAAAUGCACAACAGUUAAAAAGGGGAAUAACCUAUAAAUAUUAUGAAAACUAACGGCUUUGCUUGGAAGUGUUAGUAGGUGUUUAGUUAUAUAAUGAUUUCUUCUUCUCUCAUUCGGUCAUCAUU